AUGGCCUCGAUCGAGCGUCCGGCCGGGGGUGCGCUCGCGUUGCACUACGCCGCCGCCCGGGGUUGUCUCGACUGCGUGCGCCUUCUGACGGAGGCUGCACCGGACAUCAGUGCCAACACGCAGAUGGACAACGAUGUGACGCCGGUGUACCUGGCCGCGCAGGAGGGCCAUCUGGAGGUGUUGAAGUUCCUGGUGUUGGAGGCCGGUGGCUCACUGUAUGUGCGGGCUCGUGACGGGAUGGCUCCGAUCCAUGCCGCCUCGCAGAUGGGCUGUCUCGAUUGUCUCAAGUGGAUGAUCGAGGACCAAGCGGUGGAUCCGAAUUUGCGAGAUGGUGACGGUGCUACGCCGCUGCAUUUUGCGGCCUCACGAGGCCAUCUUAGUGUGGUGCGUUGGCUGCUUAACCACGGCGCGAAGUUGUCACUGGACAAGUACGGCAAGAGUCCGAUCAAUGAUGCGGCAGAGAACCAGCAGGUUGAGUGUCUGAAUGCGCUGGUACAGCAUGGUAACCUGCACGGCGCUGGCGGUGGUGCUGGUGCCGGUGGUGGUGAUGCAUCGGAGAAGCAACCCUCUCCGAAGCAACACCGGCACCAGCUGCAGGAUGCGUACCAGUCGCAGGUGUUGCCGGGUGGGUGUUCGCCUGGUUCACUGCCAAAGCAGACACGCGCAUCUCGCAAGAGCUCGGUAGGUAAUUAUGUGCGUGCUGGUAAGGCGUUGGUAGGUGGACAUGGUCAUGGUCAUCACAGCAACACGAUGGUGUCGACGAAGUCAUCGACGGGUAGCUCCGACUCUGAACCGUUCUACCUGCAUCCACCGACUAUCCGCAAGACGAAGGAUGGUUUGUACGCGCGCCAGUCUCCGGAUAGCUACUACGGGCCGGUGUUGCCGAAUGACGGAGUGUACGUCAACCCGAUGCGCCGUGGGUCGUCGACACCACCAAGCCCGAGCGGGAGUGUCUCUGGGGAGUCGUUCUUUCUGCAUGAUCCGCAGGAAGUGAUUUACAACCGCGUGAAGGACCUUUUCGAUGCCGACGUCGCGUUGAAGGAGGAGAAGAUCGUCAACAACCGAUCGAUAGUACAAGCGGAGGUGCACUCGAGCAGCAGUGGCGCCGCCAGCGGCUCCGAUGAGGACCUGUCGGUGUCGUCGUCCCAUUCCGGCGGUGAUGGCGGCGGUGGUGGUGGCGGUGGCGGUGGUGGUGGCGGUGGCGGAAGUGGCGGAGGAGCUGGAGGUGGAAAUGGCGGGCAUGAGAUGGUCAACGGGAGCCACAAGGCGUCAAACGUGAACGGCAGUGCGACGUCCCAUGAGCAUGAUUACGAGGACAUCUAUCUGAUGCGUGAGGAGGCGCAAUAUGGUGCAGGUGUUCAGAAUAGAAGUGCUGUGGGAAGAAGCCGUUCGAGAGAUAGUGGCUCCCAUAGCCGGUCGGCCAGUGCCAGCUCGAACCGUAGCGAUGUCAUCCUUCAGCUGACUGGUAGUGGCAACAAUCAGUCCUCGCUGGUGAGCAACAACAAGGAGCACAUGCUGCUGGCAAAGCGCAACAACCUGCUAUACGAGCAGCAGCAACAGCGUGGCACCAAGCCUCUCCCGAAACCGAUCUACAACCUGGGCAAGGGCGGAAAGGGUCCACUCCCAGGCCCCCCACCAGGCCACCGGAAACCCUCCGAUGAUUACUCCAGCGGCACCCUGCGCUCGUCCUGCGCCAACGACAACGCGUACGAGAGCGUCUGCUCGCCAGAGGACGUGUACGAGCGUGCAGCCGAGAUGGGCCUGACCGGGAAGCAACACGUCAAGUCCCACCACCAGCCCGGCCCGGUUCAGCCGCCAAAUGGAGCGACCGUUAACGCGAAUGGUGCCGCUAACGGUACCGGUGCCCAUGCGCCAGCCAAACGAAACGGGCCGCCGCAGCUGAGCGAAGAAAAUGAAAAUGCAGGUCCACCACCCCCACCGCUGCCACCACCGCUAAAGGCAAGCAACUACGGUCUCACCGGCCACGGGGCACAUCCGUCGGCAGCCGUCGCUGCUGCUGCCGCCGCCGCUGCAGCCGCCGUCGCCGCCGCCACGCUGAUUGGUUCCGGUGGUUCCCGGGAUGGUUAUGGCUACGCGAAAAAUGCCCGUAACUCGCACGACCAGCAGACCGUGGCCGGCUACGAUCAGUACCAUCACCAUCAGCAGCAGCACAAGCGACUUCUGCAUCGGGAUGGGGCCAGCGGGGUGGAACAUGGCGGCGGGGAGCACCAGGACUCCGACUCCGGGCUCGAGGUGCUGGAGGAGUCCACCCUCAAGCCGUCCGAUCUGAUCCGAGGCAAUCACAACCGUAGCAUGUCCAUCAUUUCCGCGAAUAAGAAAGCUAAGCUGAUCCAAGCGAACGGCACCGGCGGUGGCAACCUACAUAGCCUAUGUGCGCCGGAAAGCGGCUCACCGUACAGCUCCAAGACGUCCCGGGCCGGUGCAGCAGCGUCAGUCGACGAGCAGCACUGCCAUCAGCAACAUCACCAUCAACCGCGGCUGCUGAGCGUCCAGCCGCACCCGGCAGCAACAAGCAACCUUCAGCAGCAGCAACACCACCACCAUCAGGGACCGAAUCUGGUCAACAAGCAGCUCGUUCUGCCGUUUGUGCCGCCAAGCUUCCCGAAUGGUACCGGUGACGGGUCGAACCAUCUGAUCAAACCGUCCGAGUACCUGAAGAGCAUCAGCGACAAGAAGUCCAAUGCAGGCUCGCAGAGAUCAUCCGACACGGAGGAUUAUAUGCCAUUGAACACAGCCCUCAUCGUGCAGGCGGGCUCGGAACCACCGAAGCCGCCCCCGCCACCACCGGCACCCCCGGCACUGCUCAACCUGCACGGUACAGCCCCAUUGGGUUCUUCGGCGACCCUCCACGCCACCCUGUCGCACCCGGGAGCGACCGGUGCGAGCGGUGCGGUCCGGGCCCCCGAACCGGCCUCCGGUGUCACCCCCGGUGGUCACCCGGUCCCACCCCCACCGCCCCCACAAGACACCGACAUCCGGAAGCUGCACCAGCCGCUGUCCGCCAUCUCAAUUCAGGAUCUGAACAGCGUGCAGCUGCGCCGCACCGACAAGAUGCUCGCCAAAACGUACUCAGCGCCAACGCGCAGCAUCAGCAUGCAGUGCCUGUCGAGCACGAGCGAGCAGUUCCUGUCGCAGAAGACGGACCUGAUUGCGGAGCUGAAGCUGUCGAAGGACAUCGCCGGUGUGAAGAAGAUGAAGGUCGAACGGGCGAAGCUCGAGGAUCGACAGGCGAACGAGGUGUACUCGGAGGUGACGCGUCAAUUCACCGCUCAGAACUACGUCGAUCAGGUACCGGAGCGCGAUAACGCCGGAAACAUCAUCCCGGACUGGAAGCGCCAGAUGCUGGCAAAAAAGGCAGCCGAGAAGGCGAAGAAGGAGUUCGAGGAGCGGUUGGCCCGUGAGGCGGAGGAUCGGCGCCUGUCCGCGAUCCCGAAAUGGAAGCGGGACCUGAUCGCGCGCAAGGAAGAAGCCGAGAGUAAGCUCAAGUCGUCCAUCUACACACCGAAGGUGGAGGAGCCACAACGCCGGUCGGACACGUGGCGUAAUCGGAUCACACAACGGGCCAUGUCGAUCGACAACAUUAGCUCGUACUCCGGUGUGUCUGAGCCCGAUGGUGGGUCGAUGCUGCGGUACAACAAAGAGAAUCAGUAUCAGUACGCGGCGUCUGCGAAUGGAGCUUCUCCAGCCGGACAUUAUGGCACCACGAAUACGGUUGGGUCAGGUAGAGCGUUGAAUGGAGGAGUUGGUGGUCACGGUCAGUCGGGGGUGGGCAAUGGAGCUGGAGCACCCCGCCGCUCGAUGGAGAACAUCAGCAAUGGUAAGCUGGACGCAGGAACAGCUCACGGGUACCACCUGCCGGAUAUGGCACCGUCAACACCGAGUGAGUCCGUGUGCGCCAACGACGACGAUGACAGCGAGCAGAUCAUCCCCUGGCGGGCUCAUUUGCGAAAAACCAACAGCCGCCUGUCACUGAUCGGCUAG